AUGUUCAAACCAUUUGUUGCUGUGCUACAGUGUAUAAGCAAGGAAGAGCAAGACCCACUCUUCACUUUAAAUAUAAAUGACGAUGACACUGUCAAAUCCUUGGGACUGUGUUGGAAGCCAAUCGCUGAUGAAUUCCACUUCCAAAUAACAGAUGUGCCAGAAAACUGCAAACUCACUAAAAGAACAUUGUUAUCACAAUUAAAUAGAAUUUUUGACCCGUUAGGUUUUCUGACACCGGUACUCGUCAAGGGAAAAAUAUUCCUCAAGCAACUAUGGCAAUUGAAAAUUGAUUGGGAUACUCCAUUACAAGAGGACCUUCAAAGAAAAUGGUGUUCAAACUACGAAGAUUUACAAAUUCUCAAGAACUUGUCAAUACCACGAAAAGGUAUAUUUAGCAUAAGUCAAAAAAUUGAAAUGCAUGGUUUCUGUGAUGCAUCGUUAGAGGCUUAUGGGGCUUGUAUUUAUGUCCGAUCGUUAGGACAUGAUGGGAUUUGGCAUUCACAAUUGUUGUGUUCGAAAACUCGAGUAGCUCCACUCAAAGGUAUAACUAUCCCGCGCUUAGAGCUAAAUGGAGCACAUUUGCUAGUACAAUUGGUUGUCAAGAUCUCUGAUGCAUGGAAAAUAAACCCGCUAGAAUUUCAACUCUGGACUGAUUCCAUGGUUGUAUUAUCCUGGUUGAAUAGCGACUCUAGUCGGUUAAAAACAUAUGUAUCGAAUAGAGUCACACAAAUAAUAGAGGUCUCCAGUCCUUCUCAAUGGCGACAUGUAAAGACAAAUGAAAACCCUGCUGACAUAAUCUCCCGUGGAAUAAGAGCUCAAGAGCUAAGCACAUCAACGAUCUGGUGGCAUGGCCCUUUUUGGUUAUCUCAAUCAACCGAUUGUUGGGAUACCACACCCAUACAACCAAUACUAAAAGCUGAACUUCCUGAACAACGACCGUUCCGUUUGGCGCUGCUAGCAACGAGCCCGAUCAAAGACUUGGUCAACAGUUAUUCUAGCUGGCCCAGACUUGUACGUGCAGUUGGAUGGAUUUUAAAAUUUAUUGAAUAUGUUGGGUCAAAAAGAGAAAGGCCAACGGCUAAGUAUCUCACUGUUCAAAACCUCAGAGCCGCUCAAAGAGCUUUACUCCAGACAGCGCAAGAAGAAGCAUUUGGUAAGGAAAUAGCAGCAUUACAACAACAUAAAAAUGUGUCUCACCGCAGUAAGUUGAAGUCCUUGAAUCCCUUUUUAAAGAACAAGUUAUUAGUCGUCGGAGGCCGGUUAGAGUAUGCCAUGAUAACAGAAGAGCAAAGAACACCAAUUAUUCUUCCUGCUGACCAUAGAGUAACUCGUCUAAUUUUUACAGAACGUCAUCGCAGCUUACUGCAUUGUGGUCCAUUAGCUCUUUUAGCAGACGUAAGACGUCAAUAUUGGCCUGUGCGGGGAAGGCUCACAGCAAGAUCGGUAGUCAAGCGUUGUGUUGACUGUGUCCGAGCAAAACCAAGGUUCCAACAUCCAUUGAUGGCACCAUUGCCAAAACAAAGAGUUACUUGUACACGUCCUUUUACAAAUACAGGCGUUGAUUUCGCUGGCCCAUUGACAAUACGAAGCGGAAUCCGCGGGAGACCUGGCAAGAAAGCUUGGAUAGCAAUAUUUGUCUGCUUUUCUACCAAGGCAGCGCAUAUAGAAGCAGUUGAGGAUUUAACAUCCAGUGCGUUUAUUGCCUCACUUCGAAGAUUCUGUUCCAGGAGAGGAAAACCUGAUAAAAUCUGGAGUGAUAACGGUACCAAUUUCGUUGGAGCUAGACGAGAACUAACAACAUUUACAAAGGGCAUAGAAUCACUGUCGGCUGCCGAAGACAUCAAUUGGCAUUUUAACCCGCCUUCCACCCCACAUUUCGGAGGAAUUUGGGAAAGCUGCGUUAAAAGUGCGAAGCAUCAUUUAACAAGAAUUGUCAAGGAUGCACAUUUGACACUCAGCGAACUGCAGACUCUACUCUGUCAAAUUGAAGCGUGUCUAAACUCUCGCCCUCUUACACCAUUGAGUAGCUGCCCAGACGAUUUAGAACCGCUCACCCCUGCUCACUUCCUAAUAGGGGGUCCAAUCACGUUGCCUCCGGAACCAGAUUUAACAUCUCAGCAAAUAAGUGGGCUUCGAAGGUGGAAGUUAGUACAAGCACUCAUGCAGUCUUUUUGGACAAGAUGGACCUCGGAAUACUUGCCUCAGCUGCAGGUCAGAGGAAAAUGGACUACGGCAACCAAGCCAUUAGCAGUCGGCGAUGUCGUAAUUGUAAGGGAAGACAACAUGGCUCCAUGCAAGUGGAAGAUGGCACGCAUAACAUGUCUACACCCAGGAAGGGACGGUCAUAUCCGAGUGGUCACCAUACGAACUGCUAAUGGUACAGAGACGAAAAGGCCAGUCCUCAAAUUAUGUCUGCUGCCAGUCGAGAAAGAGUUUGAAGAUUCCUGA